CACAUGCUUGCGUGAAUUAGCCGUGACCUCCUUUGUAUUUGUCUUUAAGCUAUCGUCCUUAGUCACUUUAACCGUUACCCAUCUGGGCUUUGAUUUUAGCGUUUGCUAAUUAGCAUUGAGUUAGCAGGGUUAAGUAUGUUUCCACCUAGGUUAGCAGUAGCUAACGACUCCUGCACGCGUGGAAACAAAACACAAGUGUCCUAGAACCGAACCGAGUCUUGCAAAUUAUGUUAAGUUAGCUGUAGCGACUGUCCCCGCUGUGCUCGUCUCUGCUACAAAUCCAGUUUAAAUGUGGCGGUUUGCAUUUGUGAAGUCACGACGUGGGAGGCGCAGCACUGAGCCAACUGAGGCUAGGUUGCCAGGCAACAAAUAAUCCAGAAAAUAAGCAUCGUUUUUUUAUUUUACACUAACGUUUAUCAAAACGUAAUCUUUUAUAUGAUAUAAGUAUAUGUAGCAGUGUGUAUUACAUAAUAGCACUAAAACAGUAAGGUUACAGAAUUCUCAACUGGUACCUCUUAACGUUACGUUAGCAUAACGUUACCAUUUGUACAGUCAGUUACCAUGGUAACAGUCCACAAGAUAUAGCUAACGCUAGCUAAGUCCAUAUAACUAGCCAUAACUAGCUAGCUAGCUAAACAACGAGAAGUAACGGUCGGUCAUGUUCGGUUCUGUGCAUCGUAAUCGCAUCAAAAUCGUACUAAUGAAACGCUAACACGCUUUGGUGCUAGCUAGCUAAAUAACUCCGAGGGCGUCCUGCUUUAAGAAAUGGGAGAGCCGCCUGUGGUGAUCCUCCAGCACCUGGUGAGUGGCAGGUAGUGACGGUGCAAAGGCAGUGUUGUGCUUUCGUGUACAAUGAAGAAGAUAUUCAGCUUUACUAAGAAAAAGAAACAGCCGUCGGGUACUCCUGACAAUGGGAGUGUGCUUUCUGUUGGCUAUGAACUGAAAGAAAAGGACCUCGGGAAGGUUCACAAGGCUGCCUCAGUGGGAGAUUUGGCAAAGUUGAAGCAGCUUGCUAAAAAGAAUGAUAUCAAUCAACUUGACAAGGAGAACAGAACUGCACUUCAUAUUGCUUGCGCCAUUGGACAUGUUGAGGUGGUGCAAUUCCUCGUUGAGAGCAAAGCCAAGCUUAACCUAUGUGACAAUCAAAAUAGAUCCGCCUUAAUGAAGGCAGUGCAAUGCCAGCAUGAGCGCUGUGUGAGCAUACUGGUGGAGAAUCAUGCCGAGCCUAACCUGGUGGAUAUCAAUGGUAAUACAGCCCUACAUUUAGCAGCAAAUAUCCCAUCCAUUUCCACUACUGUCCUGUUGCUGGAGCAUGGGGCUGACAUCAAUGCUCAAAAUAAGGAGGGAUUCACACCCUUGACUGUGUCAGUCCGUGAGGACCAUAUCGAGAUGGCUGAGUUUCUCCUAAAGGAGGGUGCUAGUGUGAAUUUUAUGGACCAAAGCCAAAGGUCCCCAUUAAUGAUAGCUGCUGGGAAUGGACAAAUCAGUAUGUUGCGGCUGCUCUUGCGGUUUGACGCAGAUAUCACACUAAAGGAUACCAAAGGAUGGUCAGCUGAUGACUAUGCAGUGAUGAAUGGGCAUCAUCCUUGUUCUCUCCUCAUCAUUGAGCACAGUACCCAGAGGAAUGAUGGGCCCUCCCUAUCAAAUCAAGGUUCGAGCAAAAAGAAGACAAAGCUGCUGUUGGGCAGUCCUUCCCAAGUUGUUGAAGCCGGGUUCUCUUUGGGAGGACCAGCCACUGACAAAGAUGAGCAUGGAGCAAAUGAAGCAGGGGGAGAUUUUGAAGACAAUUCUCAGUCAGAGUCACUAAGUCGGGUUUCAAAAAGUGCUGCAGAUGAAUGGGCUUCAUCAGAAGAUGAUAAUGAAUCGGUUUUAAUCGAAAAGAAACCACAGAAGGUAAACCUAAGGAAAAUGAUUGCAUCUAAAAGGAGAGAAGCUUCUGCACUGUCUGACAGAUCCUUGAGCGGUACAGAAUCUGAGCCAGAGAGUGAGAAUAGAGUCCAGACAAUUUCAUCCCUCCCAAAGGCUUUACCAUCCAGCAAAGCUCCACAGCGCCCAGUAGAUCCCUCUCCCGCUUCCUUCCUUCCCAAAACACCCCAGAUGACUUCUACCCCUCUUCCAAGCUACGGAAAGAAAGAAGAUUCCACUGAGGAUGAGGAUGAUGAUAAUGACCAAGAGGAGGAGAGAGACGAGGAGGAGAAAGAAGAAGACGACGUCUCCGAUGAAAAUGAUCAACCUGAAGAGAGUGGAGAGUCACUUGACGCCACUUCACCUGCUCCUGAGGAAGAAGUCUCUAAAGAUAAGAAAAGAGAUUUCCUGUCCGAGCUGGGUCUAGAGAAGGGAGAGGAGGAGCAGGAUUCUUGGGACUCUGAGCCCUACUCUGAAGACCUCAGUGUGCCACAUAAAGAGAAACAAAGCUUGCAUACUCAGGAUCAAGAAGAGAUGUCCACUGUUGAAGAAGAGAUUAAAGAAAACUUGUUUUAUAUCCCCUCUUUUUUGAGAGGGGACGGAGGCAAUAGGAUGGCAGUCGUAGAGCCUCGGAGGAGUGUAGGCAGGCCAACAGGCAGCCAGGGAGAGGUUGGAAACGACAAUAAUGGUGAUGAUAAUGGAGGCGAACAUGCUGAUGAAGAUGAUACUAUACAGAAAGAAACUGAGAAGGCAAAAUGGGAACCACUUCGUGUUUUGAGCAAACUUGAAGGAGAUAACGAACGAAAGACCGACUUGAUGGAGGAGCUUGGUCUGGGUGAUGUUGAUGAUCUUGAAGCCAAAAAAGCAGAUGCAUCGGACUGGGACUCAGCCAGCACUACCAGUAAGAGAACCCUGCCCAGCCGCAGAAUGCCCUCCCCUGGACUUGAGGAGUUCCCAGAAUGCUCCUCUCCAUCUGUCAAAGAGCAGGAUGAAGUCAUUGCUCCAGCAGCCCCCCUGACACCUCAGGGGAGCAUCAACUCCAACAAGACACUGCCAAGCACACCUCCUCAACCACAGCCUCGAGCAAGGAAGAUGGUGCUUCAGAAAUCGGAGAGUGAAGAAGAAUCAGAUUGGGAACCAGACAAUGUCGCGUCCUCUUGCAAUACAGCCAAGAUUGACAAUCAAUUGCAAAACGUAGCUGAGCUUCAGGCACUACAGGUUACACCAGGUUCCCCUGAGCUCUCACCGAUGGCAAGAGACAGUAAAAGUAAUCUAGAGUCUGAAAAGCAGCAACAAAAGAGGAUAGAUGAGGCGGUAGAUACAUGCCAGUUAGAUCUGAACCCAUGUCCAUCUGGCCAUGUGGGCUCUGACGGUGGAGAAAAGGAUAAUGACUUUGAAGAUGAGCUCAGUCCUGCAGAAAGAGGUAAAGCGGGUAAUGUCCCGUGGGAGAAUCGUUACGAGAAGCUCUGGGUAGAGGUGGAGAAAAGGGAAGUCAAAUCCACUUUCAAGAAUGUUGCUGGUGAACUAAAAGAGAAGUUUGGAGAACUGCUCAAACCAAGACGUUCUACAGAAGAAGAACAGGCCACGGCUGAAUAUACUUCUGCAGAAGAAGAGUCAAGUGAUGAAGAUGAAGAAGGGGAAGUCAUUGUGCGCCCCAUGGCCAGAGCGAGGAGUACCGUCCUUCUCACUAUACCUGAGCAGAGGGAGUCUGGACUAGAAGACUCUGUGACUGAGUCAGCUGACAACUCCUUAUGCGAGAACGUGAUGCAGGUCUGCGAGCCCCUGGCUAGUGGGAGCGUCAUGUGUCCAGAGCCAGAUCUACUCACUGAUGAUGUUCUGGAGGAGUCUCUAUCACCUCAACUCGCCACAGCACAAAGAGAUAGCUGCUUAUCUCCUGUUACCACAACUUCUACUGCUAAUCAUACCGUACCCAUGUUGGAUGUAGACCAGAGCACAUUCUUAAAAGAUGAGGCCAAACUCGGGCCAUUCCACAAACCACAUCUGGACCUCAUCUGGAAGGACAACAGUGCUAAUGGUGAUGAAGCUGAGAAAAACAAUGCGAGUUCAGACAAGGAUCCUGAAGAACUCACCAAGUCUCGUCCCCCCUCACUAAGCAGAUGUUCAGCAUCUAUCCAAGGUGUUUCUGAUGAGGAGCUGGAAGAGGACAUGGAAAGAUUUAAUCUUAAGGUUGGCAGGGAGACGACAAGGACUGCUAUGCUAGUGCACAAAUUUAGUACUUCCUGGGAUACUGGUGGAAAGGCAUUGGAGGAAGUGUGUCCUGAGAAACCUGAGACCAGAGCAAGAGCUAUUUGCCAGGAACAGCAGCCUGUGGCCACCAAGAGCACCAACGGGGCACCAGUGCAAUUGCAUCUCCCACUCCAGCAGACCUACAAUAGCAACAGACAGGAGGGCCAAGCUGUAGAGGAGACCUUACAGCUGGAGCUGGUCAGAGGGGCCCAGGGCAGCAGAGCCCCUCAGACCAACACUCAUGUCAAUGGAGAUCCUCUUUCUGUGUUUGAUGAUAGCACUUUAAGUGAAGUGUCGGACGAUGAAGGAAGGUUUCCAACCAGCGGGAAACAGAAAACUGAGAACCCUGAAGUUGAGAUGGCAGAAGACUUUGAUGAACUCACUCAGUCAUCCGACACAGCUACAGAUGACAUCGACUCUCCCACUUCAGGCUAUCGUCACGCAUCCCUCCUCAUUCAGAAGCUGGACUCAGCCACUUUGGACUCGAGAAGCAUGGUGAAACUGCAGAACAUUUUCCACGAAUAUGAGCGCUCCAUCCAAAAGGCAAGGAGUCGCCAUGGGUACCUGGCAGACAAGGUGAGCCAUCUGGAGAUGGAGAGGGCGGAGUUGAAGAGCUCUUUGGAGGAAGUUAAAGAUGUUAAAUCUGCCUUGGAGCGCAACCAGCUGGAACUGCAGACUGAAGUCACAAACCUCAAAUUUCAGCUGAAACAAGAGCAGGAAAAUCGCCGCAACGCCACCAUGAUGUACAACACAACCCGAGAUAAGCUCAGGAGGAUGGAGGAGCAGCAUCAGCUGGAGGUUCAGGAGAGACAAAAGGUGGAGCUCACCCUCAGGAAUCUGGAGCUGGAGAUGAGAACACUGGUCAACAACAUUAAACAGCUCGAAGAGGACCACAAUGAGAGCCAGAGACUGCUGGCUCAGGAGCGCAGUGCUCGGACGCUGCAGGAGAAUCUGCUCAACAGCCAUCUCCGUAAGCAGCAAGAGAUAGAGGACGAGAACAAAAGAAACAUGAGCAAAAGCAAUGAGGCUUUGUCCCAGCUCACUGAAGCCAGUGACAGGGAGAGGGAGUUGCUCCAGCAGACUGCUACCUUCCAGGAGCAGCUGACCAGCCUGAGAACAGACCUCGAGCGUUCGCAGGCCAACAGCAGUCUCAAAGAGAGCCAUCUUUUGGAAGAGAACGAGGCCCUCAAGGAACAGCUGGAAGACGCUCGUCGAGAUCUCAAACUCAACAGUGAAGCCCUGACCCAAACUGUCUUCAACUGCAAUAACCAGGUGACCACGCUGAAGUCUGAGUUAGCUUUAACAACAACCCGGCUGGAAAAUGAGCGGCAGACUCGCGAAGCGCUGGAUGCAGAGGUGGAGUCCACUCGUACCCGCCUGGCUGGAGCCAUGAAGGAGGCAGAGCUUUGCCGGGCAGCUAACACAGACACCGAGAGAGCUCUGCUCUGGGAGAAAGAUGAACACCAGCGUCUUAAAGACAGAUUCGCAGCUGAAGCAGCCAAUCAACGCGAGGCAGUCAGCACCCUGUCACAGAAGCUGGCCAAGGCAGAGACUCGUGCGAACAGCAUGGAAAAUGAAGUUCAUCGGGCCACACUGCAGCUGAGAUCGAAAAGAAAAAAGGAAAAAAUCAGCCGUGCGGGUUUCCCAGCACGCCAAGAGGCCGCGCAGGAGCGACUUGCCCAAACCCAGAGUGAGUGCAUGCUACUGCGGCAACAGCUAGAGGAGGCCCAAAACAAAGGUGUUGCAAAGGAGCGUGCUGUUACAGAUGCCCAAGAGCGCUUCAGUGACAUUCUGUCCAAGCUGCACUCUGACAGCGAGGAGAGAGUGCAACUAGUGGAGGAGAGAAAUAAGGAGCUCGCCAGUAAGGCUGCUGAUCUUCGAGAUCAGAUCUACAAGUUAGAGGAAGAGAAGAGCGAAAGAGAGACCAGUGUAAGGCAGCUGCAGCAGGAGCUAGCUGACUCACUCAAGAAGCUGUCAAUGAGUGAAGCUUCUCUGGAGGUCAACACACGCUAUCGCAAUGACUUGGAAGAGGAGAAGGCUCGGCUCUUUAAAGACUUGGACAGGCUCAAAGGAAAGCUGGAGGAAAGCGAAGACCGGUAUGUGCAGGCUGAGAGACGUAUUAACAGUCUAAAGAGCUGUCUGGAUGAAAAGGAGAAGCAACUCGCCACUGCUGCUCAGAAACAGCAGGAGGUGCUGUCCGCCUUAGCAGCUUCUGAUACCACCACCAAACAGCUGGAGGAAGCUGUGCAAAGGCUCGAGAUAGAGAACGCCAGGCUGGAAGCUGCUGCAAAGCAACAGUCCAACAAAAUUGAUGCACUUCAGAAAGGGGCUCAGGAAUUUGCCAUGCUAUCUGAUCGCUCGCCUGGAGGAGGGGUCCGAGGUCAUUUGGAGGACUUGGUUACAAACCUCCAAAGCAGUAAGAUGACUUUGGAAGACCAACUGAGUCGAGAGGUCCAGAAGCAAAGCAUGCUGUCUCACACAGCCCAUGACUCCCAGGCCUUGUGGGAGGAGGAGCUGAAGAGCCGCUCUAAGUUAGGACUGCGCCUUGCAGAGCUUGAAAAGGAAAAAGGAGACCUGAGCACCCAGAUGGAAAUAGAAAAGAAGAAAGCCAAGAAAAUAGCAGAGCAGAAGAAGGCUGUGGACACCCGGCUGGAUCAAGAGAUGAAGAGAAACACAGAGCUCCAAAAAGAAAUGUACAGGUUGCGUACUGUAUUGAAGACUGCAAAGAAGAAAUUGCGGGAUCAGGACACAGGUGGAGCAGAAUUUGGCUCUCCUAUGAGCAGUCUACGGGUGGACCAAGGCAGAUACAGCCAAGCAGAGGGUGCCCUUGGACGAUUGAAAGAAAAGGUGGAUGAUCUGCAGAUGCAACUGGAAAAGGAAGGGUCCCGUCGCAGCCAGCUAGAGAAGGUGAACGGGGACCUUAAGGAUCAGCUGGCCUCCCUGAAGAGCUUGAGCCGCAGUAAUGAGCACCUGGAGAGGGGUAAGAGGCAGCUGGAGGAGGAAGUGCUGGACCUGAGACGCCGAAUGGAGGCCGCUCAGAUGGAGCAGAGCCAGGUGGAGCAGUACCGCCGUGACGCAGAGGAGCGGGCCCGUCAGGAGAUCCAACAGAAACUGGAGCAGGUCAACAUCUUCCUGCAGUCGCAGGCAGCAUCCCAGGAAGCAUUGGAUCAGAUUAAAGCGACCAAUGAGACCAACCUGCGUUCCCAGCUGGAGCAGAAGAUCCGGGAGCUGGAGGGGGAACUGGGCCGGGUCCGCACCACCCAUCAUGACAGCCUCAACCAAAGAGAAUCCACACGCACAGAGCUAGAGCGAUACCGCCAGCUCUACACAGAGGAGCUGCGCGGCCGCAAGUCCAUGGCUGCCAAACUAGAGAGGGCCAACAGUCGUCUCGCAGAAGCCAAUUCUAAGUUGCUUAACGAGCGCAGCAGGUCUCUGAUCACCAGCAGCAUCGCAAACGGUAGCCUUGGAGGGCCCUCGCUGGACCUGGGCUCUUUGGGUUCCCCAGCACACUAUGGGGCCACACUGGGGCCCCUCAACAGGAGCCUAGGCCUGGGACUCUCCCUCCUCAGCCCUGUAACUGAGGGGCAGAACAGCCGGGUGGAGGACUACCUUGCCAAGAUGCAGAGUGAGUUGGAUAGAAACAUAUCAAAGGAAUUAAACAAUGCCACAGCAGAGCUGGACUCGGCUUCAGCGCGGAUGUCACCGGUGGGCUCCGCCUCCAGGGUGGAGCUGGACCCCAUCAGCAGGGCCACGCAGCAGUACUUGGAGGUACUCAAGAAGAACAAUAUGAUCUGAACACACAUCACAGCUGCUCUCAUUCAUACGUUGUAUUUCAGCCAAUUAAAAUCCUGACUGAACCAAGGCCAAAGCCACUGCCCAGUCAUGUAACACUAAGAAUCAACUUUGUAUGUAUUUACUCUUCCUUCUUUUAUGAAAGAAAGCAAACAUAUUGCACAUUGCACUUAACCACUCAGGAGCAAGGGCAUGAUAGAUAGAUAGAUAGAUAGAUAGAUAUCUAUCUAUCUAUCUAUCUAUCUAUCUAUCUAUCUAUCUAUCUAUCUAUCUAUCUAUCUAUCUAUCUAUCUAUCUAUCUAUCUAUCUAUCUAUCUAUCUAUCUCAUUGAUGGUACAAGUAGAGAGAACUUGGGAAGUAUUUGUUCCGUCUGACAAAUUCUGUUCAAUCUGUAGCUGUUUCGUUUUCUAUUAUAUAUAUAUAUAUAUAUAUAUAUAUAUUAAAAAUCGUGGUUUGGAUUUUUAUUUGUGAGUAUUGGUGUUGCUAAAUUUGAAUUUGAUGUAUGCAUCAUUAAUCAUUUUGCCAAGAUAUUACAUUUGGUACGUGCCAUCAAAUGGUGCAAUAUCUGUCUUGGUCUUACCUUAUUAGACUCGUUGGAGUAUUGUGUUUAUAAUUAUUUUAUUUAUUCAUGAAUAUUGUUUUUUAUGAACAUGAUAAUACUUGAAUAAGACGAGCUGGAAUACUCUCUGGCUACUGAAACAGGGUGACUUCAUUUGUACAACUGUCAUUUCAGCUUUUGAUUGGCUUGCUUUUAGGACCACCAAAGAUUAAACAGACUUUUUGUGUUUGUUAGUUUUUCUUUAUUCAUAAAUACUGUAACAGAAUACAUAUAGGAAAACAUUUAUUACGCCUGUACCUUACAGAAGACUCUAAAGUUGUAAAUAAAAAAUGAAAGUAAAAACCCUGAA